GCCUAAGAUGUGCUCUCCAAUCCAAAGGUUAAGAUAAUCCAUCCAAGUUGUAUUCCAUGGAGUAAUUGAUAAACUAUAGCACCCUGAAUAAUGCCUGAAACUUGUACAUAAGAUUUUCCUCUUGCCUUUGCUGAUCUUUAUUGUCCACUGGUUUUUCUUGGAGUGUAAUCCUAAGGAUUGUAGCUUGAGCUUUGAAUCAGCUUAGAAAAUGAGGAUGUGGAGUCAACAAUCAACCUUUGAAGGUGAAAUGUUGGCAUACAAAGACAGUACCAGUGGAAAUAUAACUCUCAUUUAUAGAAAUAUACAGAUGGCCUUAACAGAACUUUUGAGGAGGAAUAGGGUUUCAUUUUCAUUGUGGAAGAAGUAGAUUGAAUAACAAUGGACAUCGCCCACCUUCAGGUAUGAUUGAACAAUACUAAUGUCAUUGACAUCCACUGCCCGUCUCAAUUUCAAUCUCACAGCAUUAUGUAGAGAGGUUCAGUUGAAGGAGGCGACACACAUUCUGCUGUCAACAUACAAACCCCCUGGGGACUUUUCUACAUAUCUUCAAUUACUGCAGAACUGUAUUGCCAAGAAUGCACUUUCACAAGGUAAACAAAUCCACUCUAUUAUUACUGACAGGGGAUUUGAAUUUUCUAGAUGCAGAUUCUUUCAAAAUAACCUUGUAAACAUGUAUGAAAAGUGCGGUACUUUGAUGGAUGCUCGUAAAGUGUUUGACGAAAUGGCAGAGCAAGAUGUUUCCUCAUGGAAUACCAUAAUUGCAGCUUACAGAAGGCAUGGGUAUCCUCACGAAGCAUUGAUUCUGUUUAGCCAAAUGCAACAAACAGAUAUCCAACCAGAUCAUUUCACCUUUGCUGCUAUACUCCCAGCCUGUGCCAAAAUAGGAGCUUUGGAGCAAGGUAUGGGUAUCCAUGACACUAUAAUCGAACGAGGAUAUCUGCCAGAUGUUGUGGUUGCAAAUGCCCUGAUAGACAUGUAUGCAAAAUGUGGAAGCUUAGACAAGGCAUGUGAAGUGUUUGACAAAUUGGCUAACAAAACUGCAAUAUCAUGGAAUACAUUGAUUUCAGGAUAUGCACAAAAUGGUAAUCUUGACGAUGCUUUAAGAGUUUUCAAAGAAAUGCCUCGUCCAGAUGUUGUCUCAUGGAGUGCCUUGGUUGGAGGAUAUACACAAAGUGGGUUCUUUGAAAAGGCUGUGGAGGCAUUUAAGCAAAUGCAAUUAGCAGGUUUGAAACCAAAUUCGACAACCUUAGCCAGUAUUCUCUCAGCCUGUGCCAAAAUGGGAGCUUUAGAAACGGGUAUGGACAUCCAUAAGAGUAUAAUUAAAAGUGGAUUUUUGUCGGACAUCAUAGUCAUAAAUGCCCUGAUAGAUAUGUACACAAAAUGUGGAAGCAUACACAAGGCACGUGAACUGUUUGACAAAAUGCCUCAGAGAAGUGUGGUUUCAUGGAAUUCGAUGAUUGCAGGAUAUGCACAAAAUGGUGUUCUUGGCGAGGUUGUUAAGCUUUUCAAAGCAAUGCCUCGACCAGAUAUCAUCUCUUGGAGUACGGUGCUUACAGGGUACGUACAAAAUGGGUUUGUUGAAAAAGCCUUGGAGGUAUUUAGUGAAAUGCAAUUGACAGGUGUAAAACCAAACUCGACAACCUUCGCUAGCAUCCUCCCGGCUUGUGCAAAAAUGGGGGGUUUAGAACAGGGUAUGGACAUCCAUAAAAUCAUAAUCGAAAGUGUACACGUGCCAGAUAUUGCAGUUACGAAUUCCCUGAUAGACAUGUAUGCAAAAUGUGGACGGCUAUACAAGGCACGGGAACUGUUUAACAAAAUGCCUCAAAAAGAUGUUGUCUCAUGGACUGCAAUGAUUGCAGGAUAUGCACAAAAUGGGUUUGUUGAAAAGGCCUUGGAAACUUACAAGCAAAUGCAAUCCAAAGGUGUAAAGCCAGACUCCACAACCUUUGCCAGCAUCCUCCCAGCCUGUGCAAAACUGGGGGCUUUGGAGCAAGGUAUGAAAAUUCAUCAAAGCAUAAUAGAAAGCAGCUUUUUGUCAGAUCUUGUAAUUGCAAAUGCCCUGAUAGAUAUGUAUUCAAAAUGUGGAAGUAUACACAAGGCACGUCAACUGUUUGACAAAAUGCCAAAAAGAGAUGUCAUCUCAUGGAAUGCCAUUGUUGCAGGAUAUGCACAAAAUGGCUUGUGGAAGGAUGCUUUCAAAAUAUUUGAAUUAAUGAAACAUUCUGGAACAUACCCUGACCAUGGAAGCUUCACUUGUGUUCUAUUUGCAUGCAGCCAUGCAGGUUUACUGAGUGAGGGCUGCAAAUACUUCAAUGAUAUGACUCACUCUUAUUGCAUUACACCUAGAACUGAUCACUAUGUGUGUAUGGUUGACCUUCUUGGCCGUGGUGGUCAUCUUGAGGAAACUCUAAACUUUAUCAUCAAAAUGCCAUAUAAACCUGUUGUGGUUGUGUGGACGUGUUUUCUUGGUGCUUGCAGAUCACAUAAAGAUAUAAGGUUAGGAGUAUUUACGGCAACCCAUCUUUCUGAGAUGGAUUCUUAUAAUUCUGCGACUUAUGUUCUUCUGUCAAACAUAUAUGCAGGAUUGGGCAUGUGGGGUGAGGUUCAAAUGGUAAGGAGAUUGAUAAAAGAUAGAGAAAUUAAAAAGAUACCGGGGUGUAGUUGGAUUGAAGGCCAUAAAAUGGUACAUGUUUUUUGUGUAGGAGACAGAUCACACCCACAGACACACGAGAUCUAUGCAAAGUUGGAAAGAUUGUCUUGGGAGAUGAAAUUAGUAGGUUACUUUCCAAAUUUAAAACAUGUACUACAUGACGUUGAGGAGGAGGAAAAAGAAUUAUUCCUCUGUCACCAUAGUGAGAAGAUGGCAAUUGCAUUUGGAUUGUUGAACACACCGCCUGGAACAACUAUUAGAAUUGUCAAGAACCUUCGAGUAUGUGUCGACUGCCACACUGCAACCAAGUUUAUCUCGAAGAUUGUGGCAAGACAAAUUAUUGUGAGAGAUGCAAAUCGGUUCCAUCAUUUCAAACAAGGGCAAUGUUCUUGUGGAGAUUAUUGGUGAUGCAAUCUGUAAACAUAGGCUUGCACUAUAACAAGAUGCAUCAUAUCAGACCUGCAUUGAUAAAGAGAGGACCAGGUUUUAAUUUCCAGUUUCUAAACGGUGUUUUUUUUUUCUAAGUGUUGGGGAAGAUCUAGACCAUGCUUUUGACUUCGUAAAAUGAGAUUUAUGUUGUGCAUCA